AUGACAAGCGCCUCCCCACCCAAAAUAUUCCCCUUCCACCUCCUCCCGCCCGAAAUCCUCGACACCAUCCUCCUCCUCGCCUCCCUAAACGACCCCCCACGACCCGGCGUCUACGACCACGACCGCCGCGUCUUCUACAACGCCCACAAACCCGACCACACAGGCCGCCUCUCCAACGAAUCAAUCUGGCGCCCCGUCCUCGAACGAGGCUCCCUAGGCUUCAUACGCCUCACGCACGUCUGUAGACGAUGGCGAGAUGUGAUAUUAGAGCGGAAGAGCCUGUGGGCGGAGAAUAUGGGACGCUUGCCGAUGGGCGAUAGCGAGAUGUUCGCGAGAAGUGGGAGCUGGAGUCCGUUCGAUGUUACGGUCGCCGCUGCACCGUUUCAUAGGACCGAUUCGGCCGCUCUGCACCUUUUCAAGCCUCUUGGCCCACAGCCCUCUCCAAGUUCCAUACGCGAUCGCCUCAGAUCGCUGCACAUAGUCGACAUGCGCGAGGCGUUCGGCGGGCAUAUGCCCCUGGACGAGCUGUUCUCUAUCGUCCUAUUCGGACUGGAAGAACUCAGCAUUAACUUCCUUGGCCCGGCGGAUGAGCCCGUUUGGUUCGCUGGGGACUCUACGAAGUUCGUCGAGGCGCCGAACUUGAGGACGUUGAAGUUGGUCAACGGGUUCGUGUGGUGGAGGUCGAGCAAAUUGACGAGCUUCUCGUUGAACUGCUAUAAUGGGCCGUUGCCCAGACGCGAUCUGCUUAUGCAGUUCAUGGAUAAUCUGAAGGAUACCAUCGAAGAGCUCGAGCUUCUAUACGUCUUCGUCCGGGACUUCGGAACCGAAGCACAAGCGCAACUAUCUCCCCCUCCUGAAGCUUCUGUCACUGCCGCUCAGGGUCAGCAACCGCCCCCGCCGCCACCCAAGAUCACCUUCCCCCGCCUUCGCACCCUGCACGUCGCAGACGACAACGACAACGCCGCGGGCUUCCUCCUCCGCGCUUCCCCACCACCUUCCGCCCACAUCACGGUCGAGCUUUACGUCGAGAUCGAAGACGGACAAUGGGCGUCUGAGAACCAGAAGGCCGAGAUCGAGCGCAAUAUUCAGGCUGCGCUGCUGUGCGGCAAGUUUGGUCCGACGUUGAAUGGGCUGGUGUUGAGGGCCGGGACAAAGAAGGACGAGUUGGUUGUAGAUCUGUACACCGACUCUCUCGCGCUCUACGACGUUCCCUCACACCCGAAGCCGACUCCAACAACAAUAACUACUACUCCUGAGUGCAGUCCUUUCAGCGUGGACAGGACGCCGAGUCUAACAUUCUCAAUCCUCAACGCGUCUUCCUUCCGCCUGCGCGACCUCGACACCGCCUUCCUCUUCGUCGCAUCCAUCCUCUCCCCUGCACGCUUCACGACAAUGUCGAUCGACAUCCCUCACUGGCGUCCAAAAGAGAUCGAGGAGUGUAUGAAGCUUUUCAUAAACCUACGGGCGCUCCGCGUGGUUGAUCCGCUCGAUAGGCGGAAUUUGCCGAGGGUGCCGGAUACGCCUUUGCCGUAUCUCAGUGCGCUUAGAGCUAUAGAUGAGGAGUCAACGGGUGGACAUGGGGCGAUGCCGCUGGAGAGGGUAUGGAUUGUGCAGAGGGAGCGGUUGUACGACUUUUCGUACCUCAGCUGGGCUCUGAUCCUUUCGCGGCAGCUACGCGCCACUUUCGCACGGGGAGAUGGGGCGCCUUUCAAGUUGAAGUGCUUGGGCGUCGAGUAUCUCGUUGAGUUUACCAAGGAGGAUAUCAGGGAGAUCGUGCGCGGGAGGCAGAAGCCGAAGGACCUGUUUGAGGAGUUUGCUGAGGUUAUUGAGUGGAAGGAGGGUUCUAGCGAGCUCGAGACGGAGAGGGCGUCGAGCAAAGGGAAGGAGAAGGGCGGGAAGAGCUAUUGA